AUGGCUAAGAAAAAAGGUGACGAAAAAGUAAACCAGACUAUACAUAGUGAUAAUGAAGAACAGAAUUUUGACGAGGAACCCAAUUUUGAUGAUUCCGAAGGUUUCGUCGAUGAUAUCCAGGAUGAAGAGUUAUUGGCCGACUUGUUAGAGCAAAAGCCGAAAGAAUCAGACGGUUACGAAAAUGUAAUUGUGGUAGAUGGGUGCCCACAAGUUGGCCCAGAACGUCUCGAGAAGCUGCAAAGCGUAAUAAAUAAGAUCUUUGGCAAGUUUGGUACUAUUGUAAAUGAAUACUACCCGACCACCGAGAACGGUUUAACCACUGGAUAUAUAUUUCUCGAGUACAGUAAUCCACAAAAUGCAGCUGAGGCUGUUACUGCUACAAAUAAUUGUAAAUUGGAUAAACAGCAUACAUUCUUAGUUAAUCUGUUUACUGAUUUCAAAAAAUAUGAAAAUAUCCCCGCUGAGUGGGAACCACCAGCACCCCAGCCUUUCAAGGUACAAUCAGAUCUGCAAUGGUAUCUGAUGGAUCCAGAUGCAUAUGACCAGUUUCUUGUGGGCAUUGGUACUGGUGUUGGGCUACAGGUGUGGCAGAAUGCACUGCCAGAGCCUACACUUUUACAAGAAAGACCGAACUGGACAGAAACCUAUGCUGUGUGGUCACCAUUGGGUACUUACUUAGCUACGUUCCACUGGCGAGGUGUUGCUUUGUGGGCUGGACCCAAGUUUACGCAGUUCCAAAAGUUCUACCACCCGGAGGCACGUUUUAUCUCAUUUUCACCUUGUGAAAACUAUAUUGUGACAUUCUCCCCUGCUGGGGACCGGGGUGAUGACAAGAAGUUGAUUAUUUGGGAUAUUCGCACUGGACAGGAAAAGCGUAGUUUCCCACCCCCAGAUGAAUAUGUUACUUGGCCUAUAUUUCGCUGGAGCAAGGAUGAUCGCUUUUUCGCGCGACUUGGUACCGAUGUAUUAUCUGUGUAUGAGACCCCUGGGUUUGGGUUGCUUGACAAGAAGUCUAUAAAGAUCCCUGGUAUUCGAGACUUCUGUUGGUCACCUACAGAUAAUGUUUUGGCAUAUUGGGUAGCAGAAGAGAAAGAUGUACCAGCAAGAGUUACUUUGUUGGAGAUACCUAACCGUGCUGAGACACGCUCCAAAAAUUUGUUUUCAGUGGCAGAUUGUAAGAUCCACUGGCAAAAGAGUGGUGACUAUCUUUGUGUUAAGGUGGAUCGUUACUCAAAACUGAAGAAAGACAAAAAUGAAUUAAAGUACUCUGGCAUGUACUACAAUUUUGAAAUUUUCCACAUGCGCGAGAAGGAAGUACCAGUAGAUAGUGUGGAAAUAAAAGAACCAAUCCAAGCAUUUGCAUGGGAGCCAGUUGGUAGCAAAUUUGCCAUUAUACACGGUGACCAAGCAAAUGUUCAAGUUAGCUUUUAUCAAGUAAACACUGGACAAGCACCAACAUUGUUAAAGAAACUGGCUGGUUCUUUCAACCACGUUUUUUGGUCACCACAGGGUCAGUUUGUGGUGUUGGCUAAUUUCGGACUCACUGGAGGGGCAUUGGAGUUCCUCGAUACCAAUGACUUUACCAUUAUGAAUGUUGCCGAUCAUUAUCAAAUGUCGGGUAUCGAAUGGGAUCCCACUGGUCGUUACGUCGUCACAGGUGUCUCGUCCCUUAAAUGUAAGAUGGACUGCGGUUACUACAUUUGGUCCUUCCAAGGAAAAAUAUUACGCCGUGUUAUGAAAGAAGGCUUUGCGCAAUUCCACUGGCGGCCGCGUCCACCUACGCUGCUCUCCGAAAAGCAACAAAAGGACAUUAAGAAGAACCUUAAGAAAUACUACCCACAGUUCGAGUCUAAGGACCGUAUGCGAAGCACAAAAGCGAGCAAAGAACUCGUGGCUAAACGCACAGAGCAGAUGAAGAGGCACCGUGAGUACCGGGAAACCAAGCAACGCGAGUGGGCGGACCAGCGUGCACGCAGGCUGGAACUUCGUGGCUACGUAGACACCGACGCAGACACGGCCGCCGCGGCCGGCGACGGCAACGCCGUAGAGGAAGUCGUCGAGUUCUUUGUCAAAGAGGAGCAGACCGUCAUCGAUUAG